AUGGCUUCCCGUUCCGCAUCGCCAAGGCGGCCACCCAUCCCUCUCCUGCUCCUGCUCCUCUUCCUCCUCCACUUCUCCUCCGUCCUCGCCGCAUCAGCUCCUCCAGCCUCAUCACCACAACAGGCUGGUACCGGCGGCGGCGGCGGCAAUGUGACGACGGAGGCGGCGGCGUGGACGCCGCGGCUGAGGAAGACGUUCGUGGACGGCGGCGGCAUCGAGCACUGGCGCGGGCGGCGGCUGGUGGGGCGGUUCCAGGUGUGCGCGGUGUGCACCUGCUGCGGGGGCCCGCACGGGAUGUGCAUCCCGGCGCCCUGCUGCUACGCCAUCAACUGCAACAUCCCCAACCGCCCCUUCGGCGUCUGCUCAUUCACCCCGCGCACCUGCAACUGCUUCAACUGCCACCUCUAG